AUGGACCGGGGAGCAAACGGAUGCAUCCUUGGAAAGGAUGUCCGUGUUGUACACCUAUAUGGUAGAUACAUCGAUCUCAGUGGAAUCGAUGAUCACACUGUUCAAAACUUACAGCUGGCCACAGCUGCUGCCUACAUCCUCACGGAUCAUGGCCCCAUCAUCGGCCUCUUCCAUCAAGGUGCCAUCAUGUCCCGUGGAAAAACCAUCCUGUCCCCAGGCCAAUUGGAACACUUCGGUUGUGAUGUCCAUGACAAGUCAAGACUGUCCACUGGCACUGACCCAUACUUUGUAACACCCAAUGGAUUCAGAAUACCCAUGGCUGUCAAGUCUGGGCUACCCUAUGUCCAACUCAGGCCACCUACUGAUGAUGAACUUGAUGAUAGUGCCAUUCCCCAUGUGGACCUAACCAGCCCCCAUGUUUGGGACCCAUCUUGCCUUGAUUCGGUACCAGCUGCUGAUUGGUUUGACCAGCAGAACAAUGACCUCUACGAUGAUGGGGAGUCCCCAUUGGACCCACUUGGUAAACUCCGAGACUUUGACGACGACUUUAAUGAUUGCUCCGACCGGAAUCACCUGUCUAUUUACCGCCGAGGCAUUAUCAAAGCCAUGGCCCACCUGAUCGAUGACGAACUGUCCGUUCCUUCACUGGUCCAACGGGAAUCCAAUGGAUAUGACUCUGACUCAUCCGAUGAGUCUCUCUCUGAUUCCCCUCGGUCAUGCCACAUCCAGACCCGGUCACAGCUCAGGCAACGUCAACGUCAACGUCAACCACCCCCACCCGCCCCUACUGCAACACCUUUACCUUCGGAUGCUGGGGAGAAAUUGCACAAGGAGACACCUACAGCUGGCAUUCCAACUGCAGCCAAGCCUCCCAGCCUAAGAUCACCCUCAGGAAAGGCCAAACCAGUGGUCGAAACGGUACUGCAAGAUGACAAUACGGACCAACCCAAAUCCAACAACAGGGCCAAGCACCACACUGGACUAGAGCACCCCACCAACUCAAGGAAGCUCAAAACCCCAGAUGUCUCAGAACUCCGACGUUUCUUCCCUGGUGUCACCGAUGAAACCAUCAAGAGGACAUUCAAUGCCACCACACAGUAUGGCACCAAAGGUGCAACUAAGGGAAGGACUCUGAGAGGGCAAAUCGUAUCACCCAACCCCAUCUUGAACAUACCAAGAAGGCACGAGGACGUGGCCACUGACACCAUCUAUGGUAGCACCCCAGCUAUUAAUGACGGGUCUACAGCUGCCCAACUGUUCAUUGGAAGGACCUCACACUACAGGACACUCCGCCCUGGUGGGAAGUCUGACGCCAGCUACAUCAAGAACCUGAUGGACGAGAUCAGGAAGCUAGGUGCCAUGAAUAGGAUGCGAUCUGACAAUGCCCAAGCUCAAUGCAAUGAAAGGGUCAAGGACGUCUACAGGACCUUCUGUAUCGAUGACUGGCAGUCUGAGCCCUACAGGGGGAACCAGAACUUCGCCGAACUAGGUUGGAAGGAUACCAAGAGGAAGAUCCAGAUGGUCUUGGACACCAGGAAUGUCCCUUCUGACUGCUGGUUACUGUCUGGACAGUUUAUCUGUGCCCUACAGAACCACAUUGCACUUGAGGUACUUGGAUGGAGGACCCCAUUCGAAUGGUUGUUUGGAUUCACCCCUGACAUCUCUGCCCUCAUCCAGUUCGAGUUCUAUGAACCCGUCUACUACCAAAAGUAUGGCGGAUCCUUUCCCAAGGACUCGGCCGAGGCCAUUGGUCGGUUCGUUGGAGUUGCAGAGGAUGUAGGACAUGGUAUGACCUACAAGAUACUGACUGGGUCUGGGAAGAUCAUCACAAGAGCAGUGGCACGAACAGCAAGGAAGGGAGCUGAAUUCAGCAACUGGAAGGCUGAUGAGUUGGCACCCAAGCUGGCACCCAAACCCAAACCAAUCUCAGGACGAAAGUCCCCAGUUAGUGAAGCUGACCCUAGAGUCGGGGCCACUAUGGAGACCAAUGUACUUAAGAAAGAAAGUGGAUUGGACGAAACAGAAGGAAACGAGGAGUUCUUUGCAGCCAUCCGCAAAGACAUCAGCUCAAGCCUCCAAGACAAGGAUGUGCUGAAUGGUGGUAGUCUUCCCACAAUCGACAUCACCAACCUCCUCAACAGAUCCUUCAUCACCAACCCCAACGAGGAAGGAGAACAAUCUCGAGCCAAGGUUGUAUCUGCCGAACCUACUGGGGAGACAGAUGCAGAUGGAUCUGAAGCCGUCUACAGAUUCAGGUGCAAGCACGGGGAGGACUACUUUGAUGAGUAUCAAUAUCCAUCUAUGCAAUGA